UUGGACAACCCACAAUGCCGAGCACAGAAGACCUACUAAAGACACUUCAGAUAUACGGGACAUACAAUGUUGUCAUGUGAGUUGACAAGCCAAUCAUCGGAGAGCAGCGGGCACUUCAAACUUUGAGUCAUUUGUGUUUCUCUUCGUACGCUUUCGUGGAGACAUCUUUAUCGCUAUGAUACACAUAUCGAAGGUAGACGAGUCCAACACCGUUAGACUCGUCGUCACGCGUCAACUGAAGGAGCUGGGUUUGAAACUGCCACGUAAACUCAGCCUACCGUUGGCGAUGCCACUCGGGGUCGGAAAGCCCGACAGUCAGCUUGGUUUGCCAUUAAUCUCAAAGUAUUUCAAGAAGAAAGUCCACGUUACUCACGGAAUAGUAAAGAUACCAAAGAUUCUGCACGACACGGUUACAUUUCUGCAACAUCAUCUACAUACAGAAGGUCUGUUCAGAAAGACGGGAUCACUCAGUCGACAACGCGAACUUCUCUCGUUCAUGGACAGAGGAGCAAUGAUUCCCGGCGACUCACACACUCACGACGUCGCCAAUUUGAUGAAACGUUUCUUCAGGGAGCUGCCCGAGCCUCUGCUUACCAAUCGGUUGUUGUCAUGUUUCGAGGAUGCGUACAAUAUGUUUCAUACCGACAAGGAGAAAUUCCACAAGGUUGUCUUGCUGCUGUGUCUGCUCUUGCCUCAAGAUCACAGACACACACUCGAAUGGACGUCACACUUCAUGGCAUCCGUAGCUGCCAAUUCGGACCACAACAAGAUGGACAUUGACAACCUCGCCACCGUCCUAUCCCCAAACAUCAUGAGAUGCACAAAAAUUGCCGUCCCCACUCGUAACCAACUCCGUGCCUAUAAAGCCGUCGUCAUUGCUUUUAUUGAAGUCAACGAGUUGAUUGGCUAUUUGCCUCAGGACGUCUACGACAGCACCACACGUCUGAGUCUCCAUCGAUGUCGGAAUGAGAGUGAGAAGGGAGACGACGAAGUCAAGAGUGGUGAAGUCGGCGAAGGCAGCGGGGAGGCGACGACGACGGACGGGAAAGGUUUGGAGGAAUUGGGAGCGAAGAUGAAAAGAAGGAAGAGGCGGAGCGGCUCUCUGUCUGGAUUCAUUAGUGGAAUUGGUCACAGUCUCGGUCGGCUCGCUGGAUCACGAAAGAAUGGAUCGAGGAAAUUAAGUCGGCCUACGGCCAUGGAGCUCCACGAUCGACUUAUACAUGUUGAUAAUGAAUUCCAACAAACUGAGGAGACCGAAGACAGGGAAGAGGAUACCAUGGAAGUUGAUAGUCCAUUGCCACAGCCUCGUUUGAUACCGAUUUUAGAUGGUAGAUCAAUACAUAGAGCAACGACUGCAGAACGAGUUACAACUCUAGUCCACGAAAGAACGUCAGAACAGCAAGCCUGUCGGUCUCCGGGGAAGAGGAAAGCUACAGAAGAACCCGGAUUAUUCUCUGCAAGCAAACGACAAGCUAUUUUGCGGAGGGGUGUCCUUCCUAGUAUGGCAUUGAACUUGGGCAAGUCCAGCAGUCAGUCAUCUCACCUCAUGAGUGAUGGUCACGUGACUGUGACGCCAGGGAGAGUGUUGAGAGCUUAUUUUCCGACGCCAGUGAGCGAUGUGACGAGUGAAUCGGAAAUGCCAAUUGUUGAAUGCUGUGAUGCUCAGACAGCUGACGGGUGUAUUGUCGCUGAUGGUUGUAAUGAGGUUGGUGGAGGUCUAGUGCCUCAACCUUAUAAAUGGAAGAUGUCUCCACAUGGGGGAAAGAAAUUGAAGAAAGCAAAGAAGAGAAAUUCAGGAUUAUUCAAGUCGAAGACCAACGAGCACGAACAAAGCCAAGACGAGCUCACCAUAAAAGAAAACAGUCCCACAGACAGCGGCAGCCAACCCGUUACACCAAUGUCAACCUCCAGUGUGAAGAAGCGACCGUCAUUAUCAAAGCGACUGAAACGACUGAGUGGCUCAAUGUUUCGUUCACCCGCUCGUCUCAUCAAAUCCAAGAGCGAGGACAACCUCGCCGACCAUACAGCCAUGCACGGCGUCGGAGCUCGUCUGGCCGGUGCAACGCUCAGCAUCUGCAGUGCAGAAGACGACACGACCGAACAUCCAUGCGUCAUACGAGGAGGAACAUCAAACGUUCUCAAAGAGCUGCAGAGUCCAGGUGACACGCAGCAUGGUCGUGGCUUGCGCAGGCGCAGUAGAAGCCUUCAGUAUUUAGCGUCCGACUCUAGCCCGGUUGUUCAGUCAGUGACCGAGUGGAUUAUUUAGCAACAUCUGGGAUAUUAGCAAUUACGGCAUCUUAGGAUGAUAACGUCGAUAAUGACCAAUGGAUUGAGUAGGUAUAGAGCGAUGUUUGGUAGAUUUAUAUUGGCAAACUGUAUUGGGGGUUAAGCGAUAAUAUUUAGUUGUGUUACUGUGCAAUAGAAUGGACGGUGCCAUGAGUGUUUGAA